AAAUUAUCACCCAAUCAGCUCAUUGACUUGUCAACCAAUCAUUUCGGCUCUUGAGCACUGGUUGGUUUCUGAGUGCGUUUUUGGGGACUUUAUGACACCGCCAUGUACAUACAGCCGUGGGGGGCCCAACAACACCAUCCAUACCCCGGGCUCCUCUGGGAGGUUAACCCGGCCAUGGGCUCGGGAGUAAGUGGUGUUUUCGUCGAAGACUUGUUUCUUCGUCGCCUUAAGCUGAACCUAACCAUACCCCUAACCCACCAGCUAGUUACCUCUACCUGGACUGACUGACUUGUGGUAUUUAUUUAUUUUUCGGACGGGGACAUGUUUGGAGAAAAAGGGUCCUCCCUCCUGAGGGUGACGGCUCAGCCAAUCAGCUACUCCACUUCCUGCAGUUCAGUCAACGGCAACGGAGGUGACACAUCUAACAGACUUUUCGGUUAAGCGGCCGUUAAAUCGGUUAUUGGUCUUGACUUUACCUAAACCACGUCGGAGAAGCCGUCAAGUCUAACAUUUUUUUUUUUUUUUGGCGUCUAUAGCCGUGUUAGAAGCUAGUUUCAACCUCCUUGGCAGUAGAGCGUCAGCCUAAUCAUGUGAUGUUAAACAUGGGUCCGCCUGUUGCUCGACUCCUAAAAAGUUUCCCAAAAGCUUCGUAUCCUCGCAGAAGCUCGGUUAUUUUAGCGUAACGCAGGAACGCCAUUUUGCGUCACCCAUUGUCCCAGAUGGAAGUGAACCGUUUGGACUUCUACAUCGGUCUCUCUCUGGCGGUGAGCUCCAGCGUUUUUAUCGGUGCCAGUUUCAUCCUGAAGAAGAAAGGCCUGCUGCGAUUGGCCAGCAAGGGUUCAAUGCGAGCAGGUCAAGGGGGGUAUGCUUACCUAAAGGAAUGGCUGUGGUGGGCAGGCUUAAUUUCAAUGGGAGCUGGAGAGGCGGCUAACUUUGCCGCAUAUGCAUUUGCACCCGCCACACUGGUGACUCCCCUUGGAGCAUUGAGUGUACUUGUAAGUGCUGUGCUCUCUUCUUACUUUCUGAAUGAGAGGCUGAAUGUGCAUGGGAAGAUUGGUUGUUUGCUCUGCGUCUUGGGCUCCACAGUGAUGGUGAUCCAUGCCCCGCAGGAAGAGGAGGUUGCUUCCCUCUCUUCCAUGGCAGAGAAGCUCAGAGACCCAGGUUUCAUUGUGUUUGCUGUAUGCGUUGUGGGAAGCAGCCUGGUUCUUAUCUUUGCUGUGGCUCCACGGUUCGGACAGAAGAAUGUGCUGGUCUACAUCCUGAUCUGCUCUGUGAUUGGCUCCCUCUCUGUGUCUUGUGUCAAGGGCCUGGGCAUUGGCAUUAAGGAGCUGUUUGCUGGGACAGCAGUGCUGAAGGAACCCCUCUUCUGGUCCUUAAUCAUCUGCCUGGUAAUCUGUGUCAGCGUUCAAAUCAGUUACCUGAACAAAGCCCUCGACAUCUUUAACACCUCUAUAGUCACGCCCAUCUACUACGUCUUCUUCACCACGUCUGUCAUGGCCUGCUCAGCUAUCCUGUUUAAGGAAUGGUUAAGUAUGAGCACUGACGAAAUAGUGGGAACGAUUAGCGGGUUCCUCACCAUCAUUUUAGGGAUUUUCCUCCUCCAUGCCUUCAAGGACAUUACAUUUAGCUGGGAUUCCCUCCCACUGUACCUGAGGAAGGAUCCUCAGGCCUUUCCAUUUGGCCACCAGCCUUAUGUGGCUCUUCCCAGCCACGACAGCCAAGCAGAAGAUGCGAUGAAGCUGCCAAGAGAAGGAAGCUCAAAAGCGGUGCGGGGUACACACCAGAGAGCUCUUUAAGUCUUUUCACUGACAAAAGUUGCUUAUAGCAAUUCCGAAGCUUUAAUGCACAUCAGUUUCACAAUUUGACAAGUUCGUUUACUAAAUCUGUAUUUCAAGUCUGUCUUACACAAUACAGCACGCACUGAACAAACAAUGUUACCCUAAAAUGAGCCCAACUUUGCUAUCAACACACUGGAAUCCAUAUAAAAUUUCUUUGUCGUACAUCCGCAUCUCUUACCUUUGGUUGGUACGAUAAUUUAUAUCCAUGUGAAUGUCUAUUACACUGCAGUGCACUUUUUUUUUUUUCCUUUCUUUCUCUUUCUUAAACCCGGGUAUUAAGUGAAAUUUACUGAAGAUUUAACAUCAACCUGCAUAAGCCAGGUUGUGCAUUCUUUUACUGAAAAUAACCUAGUCAUAGUUUUGCACUUUUAACCUGGAUCAGGUAUUGUGGAAAUGUAUGAACUGAUUUAUGAUCAGUUACGGCAAAAACAUUAUUCGCCCUGAAUGCAUUGUCAUUUGUUGAACAAAGUUGAAUAAUUCCUCUGAGUUACUGGUAAUACCUCAUACAAAUGGCACCAAAGAAUGUUAUUUCCCUGUAUGAAUUAAUUCCCAACAUGUGCCAAGCUGUAACAUACAUCUGACAUAACUGUACUUUGUGUGUUAAUGUACUUUUGGUCUGAUUAAUGCUGAUUAAAACAUAACUAUAACAU